UUGGGUUUGAAAUAGUUUUCCAUUCAUAGUCGAUAACAUCAUUUUCAUUUUCGUUCAUCAAAUACAAAACAAUUAAUAAUGCAAAAUAAUUCAACAACAACAUCAUCUCAACAACAAACAAAUUCUUCCAAUGAACCAUCAACAGUAUGGGAAAAAUUGGAAUAUCUUCUAAGCCAAUGUCGUGAUUCAAGAAAAUUAGUAUUGGUUAUUGUUGCUAUUGGUCUAUUAUUGGAUAAUAUGCUGCUCACUUCCGUUGUGCCAAUAAUACCGGCCUUUCUAUAUGAAUUAAAUCAUGAAAAAGAUUUGGCUAAAUUGAAUGAAUCAUUAGCAACAACAACAACAACAUCAACAUUAACAACACCGAUUAAUGGAAAAUUCAUGACGGAUGAUGAUUCGGCAACAACUAGAAUGAAUAGAAUCACGACAUUAUCAGCAAUUGAUGCACAUGAACUUCGACAUAAAGAGCUUGUCAAUGAAAAUACUGAAGUUGGUGUCAUGUUUGCAUCGAAACCAAUCGUGCAGGCUAUUACCAAUCCAUUUGUCGGUCCAUUGACCAACAAAAUCGGCUAUUCAAUACCAUUGUUUAUGGGACUAAUAUUGUUAUUUUUUUCCACUAUGAUUUUUGCCGUCGGUUCAUCAUAUGCUACUUUAUUUAUGGCACGUUCAUUACAAGGAAUCGGUUCGGCAUUUACAAGUGUAGCCGGUAUGGGACUUUUAGCCGACAAAUAUCCGGAUGAUCGUGAACGAGGUAAUAGUAUGGCAAUUGCAUUGGGUGGCCUUGCAUUAGGUGUACUAAUUGGACCACCAUUUGGUGGUAUAAUGUAUGAAUUUAUUGGUAAAAGUGCACCAUUCAUUAUAUUGGCAAUGUUUGCCCUAUUGGAUGGUUGUUUACAGCUGCUUGUUUUACAACCAAAAGUUGUACGUGAAGAACAGGAAGGUGCAUCAUUGUUGACAUUGAUUCGUGAUCCUUAUAUUCUUGUGGCCGCCGGUGCUAUCACGUUUGCCAAUAUAGGAAUUGCAAUACUUGAACCAUCGUUGCCUUUAUGGAUGAUGGAUACUAUGGAAUCAUCAAAUUGGGAACAAGGUGCUGCAUUUUUACCCGCAUCAAUAUCCUAUCUAAUUGGUACAAAUAUAUUUGGACCAUUGGGACAUCGAAUGGGUCGAUGGCUUGCAUCAAUGUGUGGUUUAAUUAUUAUUGGCUUAGCAUUACUUUAUAUUCCUAUGGCCACCGAUCUUUCCGAGCUUAUUGUUCCGAAUGCAUUGAUUGGAUUUGCCAUUGGAAUGGUCGAUAGUAGUAUGAUGCCAAUGCUCGGAUAUUUGGUUGAUAUUAGACAUACAUCGAUUUAUGGUAGCGUUUAUGCAAUUGGUGAUGUAGCAUUCUGUAUUGGAUUCACUAUUGGUCCGGUUUUAUCUGGAACUCUUGUAUCAUGGUUCGGUUUUACCGGUUUAUGUACAACAUCAGCAUUUAUAAGUUUUGCAUUUGCACCUUGUAUGUUAUUGUUACGUAAUCCACCAUGUACAAAUCAAUUUACAACAAAAUCACAACAAACACAAUUAUUGAAUAGUCAAGAAGGUGCUGUAAAAUAUGUAAGCUAUACAGAUGAUCUUGAUUCACCGGAUAUUGAAUCAUCAUCUGUUAUUGGUGGCGGUAGUAAUGUUACUGGUUAUUCACGAAACAAAUCAUUCGAUAUGGUUCCAUAGUUUGGUGUGUUUUUCCCAAAUAAUCUCUCUUCAAAAUUAAAUUCAUUUUUCAAUUCAAGAAAAAAAAAUCAAAUUUCAAAACACAAACAUCACACACACACAUCACUCAAUUUGGUUAUGAAUGAUAGAUUGCUUUCUGGAUAAUUUUUCGAAUGAAAAAUUCCGGCAAUCUUUUUUUUUUGUCAAAUUCUUUUAAAGUUUUUUUUUGCCAAAAAACAAAUCUAAUAGCUUUUUUU